GAGACCGAACACACACUGCUCUCAUUCCUUUCUUGUGUGCUUUCCCUCGUAAGGCAUCGUGAUUUUUUUUUCCCCCUGAUCCAUUUCUUGAUACAGCUGAGCACAUCUGGAGUUACUGAGUUCUGUUUGUUUGAGCACAAUUUUGGCUCCAUUUUCAGUGUAAAGCAAACACUCCAUGGUCCCCCUGUUCUAUGGGAAGGAACUAGGCUAAUAAUGCUCUUGAAAGAGCGAUUUCACUAACCGUCUCCGUAAAUCCCUUAUCUGCACGUUGUGUUUGGAUUGCUUUCAAUUUACCACAGAAAUAUCCUUGUUUGCUCAGAGCUCAAAAUAUUUACCUGGGGACGGAUGCUCUGUUAGGACUACGUGCAAUGCCGAUGAGAGCGAUGUCUGUAACUUGGAGUUAGGAUAUGCCUCCUGCUUUUUUUUUUCUUCACACAUCCUGCUUUUUUGUCCUUUACCCAUUCCGAAGUAUUUGGAAAGAUAAAGACGAGGUGAUGGAUUUUAUUCUCUGAGUUUUACUUCUUCUGCUUCUCCAAUGCUUGAGAAUAUUUCUUCCACUGGGAAUUGCACCUUCUGCAGCACAAGUCUACUUGGAGACACAUUUAAGAUUUCUCUCAUGGUCUUACUGGUUCUUACAAUCACAGUGGGCAAUGUGGUAAGCCUCUUAGUCUUCUUGAGGACCAAGCAGCUGAGGACAUCUCAUGGCUCCCUGAAAACCUCUUUGGCUCUUGCAGACUUGGCAGUUGGAGUACUAGUUGUGCCUUAUUCUGUUUAUAUGGAACUCACCCAGAUUGUCAAUGGGCUUAAACUUGGAGAAGCAACCCCCUCCAUUUUUACGUCUUAUGUUCCAUGUUUGAUCAUGGGACCUAUUUUUGCUGGUUGCACCUUUGUCUCAAUUUCCACCAUAUUCUUGCUGUCGGUUGAGAGGAGCAUUGCUGUGCUGAAACCUCUCCACAAGAGGAUUGUGAUUACUAGGAAAAGAACAGGAUGCCUCAUUGUUUUUUCCUGGAUCUUCAGCUUCAUGUUAGCUAUGGUACCCAUGUUUUUUGGUCGAAACAUAUCACUAGAGUACAAUUCAUGCAGCAAAAUGUGCAACUAUGUGUUCACCGCAGUGCAACCCCAAGAACCUGCCUUGAAUAUAAUGCUCAUCUUUCCAGUUUUUGACUUUUCUCUGCUGGGUUGCACCUUUGCUAUCAAUUUUGCCACCUUUGCAGCUAUCAGGCAGUACUGUAAAGUUAGAAAGCAGCUAGAGGUUGAAGUCCAGAGCACCUGCAGCAAAGUAUCAUUCUCAGACAUUACUGCAGCCAAAACCAUUGGAAUCCUCACAUUUGCCUUCUCUGCUUCUUUCAUCCCCAUUGCUGUGUUUGUGGUGGGCAAUGUCUUGGGGUAUGUCUGGUGUGAAUUUUCAUUCUAUGCAUUUUGGAUACUCACCUCCAAUAGCUGCUGGAAUGUUGUCAUUUACAGCAUCAGGGACUUAAAAUUCAGACAAGGUGUCCGGGAACUCUUCAGUAGGCAAGAACGUAAGUCUCCAAACCUCCAGCAGAGACCCCAGUGCACUGUUAAAGAGGACAGCUCCACUCCAUGUGUGGCUGUCCUCAAAGAGAUUUUCCGUCCAGAAACUGCAUGACCUUUGAGUACAGCGCAGAUUUUGAGUCCAAGCGUAGGAAUCCACAUUGAACAAUGCUGGAUGUGAUUAAGUCAUCGUGCUCUCGGUGCAGGGACACUUGUCAAAAGAGAUCCAAUCAAAUUUUCUCCUAAUGUCUUAUAAUCAUUCGUCAGAUGUAGCGAUGGCAUGUUCUCUUCAUCUACAAGGGGCUAUAGAAUGAUACAUUCACAGUAGAAAAAUCUGAAAACAAAGCUUAACAUAUCGUGAAGACCACCACUUCAGUGCAAGUGGUCAACUUGGUGAAGAAGAGGUUAAAUGCCUUGAGUGGCUGAGCUGCACCACGUCUCAGAUCCCAUUAAAGCCAGCAUGUCACUGUGAUGAUGCCUUGUGAAUAAUACCAGGAAAGGAUGUCAGGAAGCUCCACAAUGUCCUUGCCACCUCCGGCAAUUAACACUUUCCUUUCCAAAACUUUUUUGUUAAGUACUGGCAGUAGAACAUUAUAAUGUAGGACAUUGCUAGUCGGAAAGCAUGCUUGUUAUCAGUGUGUUGGUGCAUGUUUACCAGUGCAGAUGGGUUGGGUUUUAAUAAUGGUACCCUGGGGAAGGAGGAUGAUAUCUGGAUUACACAUAUCUAAGCAUCAGUGUAAUGGACCUCUCAAAUUGUUCUUAGAUAUUCUUAGAAUCUUUAUCUAUGGCGACAUCAGUUAUUUAUUAGUGAAGUGUCUUGAGCACUUUACACACCAUUAAAACAUGAACCUUUUCCUCCUGUAUCACCUUGUCUUCAUCUGUAUAAUGGUUGAUUUAUAUAUAUGUAUAUUACACUGGAUAAAAGCCAAACUUUGAUGCAUCUAG